CAAGAAUCUACAUUGCACCCAGAUAUAAUGUUUAUAGGUAAUUAUGCUAAGGAAUAGGAGCCUAAAUGUUGGAGUAAUGACAUUAUUUGACUAACCUUAUGAACUCUGACUAAUGCAGUUAGUUUUACUCAUAUUGCAGAAAAUAGAGUUGACAUGGAAGUGCUGGCUUCAAUAAAUGAAGUUGACCUUAAAGAGAUGGGUGUGGUAGCAUUUGGGGAUAGGCGUCGGAUUACACUGGCUGUGAAGUCUCUCCAGUCAAGCCAAGAUGCUACAGCACCAUCUACUAGUUCUGGGCUUAACAGUGAUCCUACUGUGACAUACUUGACACUACUAGAUUCGGAAAACUACAUGUUUGAAAAAGAUAAAUCAUUGGACAGUGAUGAUACAUCAUCCAUAGUUAUUGCUCCAAACCAAAGCCCUGUGACAGUGAGAACGUCGUCACCUAUACCCAAACAGAGUCAGCGUUCAAGUCGGGGUUCAAGUCGGGGUUCAACUUCAAGUGUAGGAACUGUUAUAGAAUUUGAUGUUCGAGACGUAUUAGUAGCAUCCGCUGAUCAUUCAGACAUUCCGGAACGACUGGAUAAUGCGGCAGAGGCAAAUGAGCCUGUUUCUGAGGGUGACAGGAAGGCAGUGGUUCGGCAAGUAGUGCGGCAAUUGGUGCAGAAAUGUGGCCAUCUUUACCCUUCAUCAGAACAGAAAGAAGCUUUGGCAGCAGCUGUAGUAAAGGCAUUUCCUGCAUUGGCAGCCAAAGUACCAGGCGAUGCUAUUGGUUUGGAACAUGCACACUGGUAUCAUAAAGGGAAGGGGUUUAUUGAAUAUCGGUUACCGCAGAGAUCUAGUCUUCCACCAGAUUCUGAAGAAAAGGUUGAGUGUAUGAAAUACACUGUAUCCACAAGAGAAAAUAUCAGCAAAAUCCGAAAUCUUUUCAAGGAAACCCACGAGUACAGGAGACUCUAUAUCGCAGACACCUCUCCCACAGUCACGCAGAUUCUCGACCAGUAUCCCAGAAUCAGAGACAUGCCAGAUUUGAUAAAUUUGGAGUACGACAUGCUGUAUCCAGGAACUGGGGACGAGUUUAUUAGAAAUUGGCAUCCAAACUUCACACAUAAAGUUUUAAUGGUUGCAAAAGCUCAGAACUCUGCUCAACUUAAUCUUAUGCUAUCUGGGCAUAAGAAUGGAGAUGAUGACUUGUGUGCUCUUCUUACAAUGGCAUUUUUGAUGCCAUUCAAUUCAUUCCGAAAAAAAUCAUCAAAAGGAUAUUGUGCGCUCAACAAAACUGAUGCUCUGUCCUUUCUCAUUCAGAAUUGGCCGGUUGGCACAGACAUCACUACAAUCACAGCAACAAAAGAUUGCCGGUAUAGCCAGCCACAUCUUAUUUCCAUUGGACCUGCUCACAGUCCUCAGCAGUAUUUUAUAGUGUUGGAUUCUGCCACCAUACCUGGUGGUACUUCAAUUGUGGAAGCAUUUGAUAGAUUGUUUAAAUCGUUUUUUGUGUUUAAUGUUCAUUUUCCUCCAGCCUUGGCAAAUUACUACUCGGCCAUAUCUCUCAUCUACAAGAGGACUAAAUUUUCAGAUUUAGGGCCUGCUGCAUGUCAAAUUUGGAGUCAAAUUUCAAAGCAGUAAUUGCAUUCUUGGCGUCAAAAUUAAGUACUAUCAAACACAAUCCAUAUUAUAAUACUCUUAUCCCAAUCAAAAAUCCCGAUGCUAGUAGAAUAAAUAUCGAUCCAAUUGAAUUUUUGUUGUCAACAAAAUUUUAAAAGCAGCUGAGCAGCUCUAUUUUCUUUUAAGCGGCUUAGAAAACUUGUUAUUCGAAAACGAGAAUGAGAAAAAGUAGGAAGCUAAAUGCAACAGUAUAAUGUUUAAGAAAUCGGUUGAAAAUAGGUUCUACGUAUACGACAUUAUUAGGUUUAUGGAUACCUAACUGUGGCAGAUGGGAUUUUUUUAGUGAUGAGUAGUAUGAAAUAUGAGGCGUGAUUUAAAUAGAAAAAGAUUCUCUGUAUAGAAACGUAGAAUUUUCCGUGCGUGCGUGAUAUUCUGAUGUUUGUUGCAUGCGUGAUGCGCUAUGUUUGCUAAACUUCUUUGUGCAUAUUAUUACUUGACUUCGCAUUAAGUAUGUGAUAUACUUGAAUAGGCGCAUUCUCUCAAAUGAGAUCCAUAUCUUUUUGUGCAUACUUUCCCCACGUUUCGUGUUGAUAAAUAUUAUACUUGUUAAUUGUUACUUGUUAUUCGGUAAGAGUCACAGGAUUUAUAGUUUUGAUAUCACUUACUUUUAAUGCCAAAAAGUGAGCAUUUUUUUCGUAUUUUCGUAGUACGUGACAUACAGACUAUAUUACUAGUUUAAUUGCGCCAUUGUGUUGAGGUAAAUGAAACUUCUUUCUUUCUAGUAUAUACAAAAACCUGUUUCCUAACUGAUACAUUUUACACAUUUAUUGAUUUCACGAUUAUUAUAUAUGUUUAAAAAAACUUUUCUAUAAUUUACCCACGCAGUGCGACGUCAACGGUACCUAACAAUUUCAUUUACCUGUUGACCGAUAGGAAAAGAGCCGUUCAGAUGAAUAAAAAUUAGUUAAUGACAUGUUGCCGUUAUACAAUAUUAAUAUUUAUAUAUAAACAUCGCCAUACAAUCCAACACGCAGAAUAGCAUAAUUAAAUGUCAUCUUUCGGAAAGCGGCAGUUACUGGUGCUGGUCUGUCGUAAUUGCAAUAGUUGCUAUGCUGUUAGAAUUUUUAAUAAGAUUUAAUACAGAAUUAACAAGUGUCCAUGACUUUAUCAUUUUAUGUUAAAGUUUGUGUUAGGGUGAACAGUUUUUUUAGUAAUAUGUGUACAUUGCAUUUAUUUGCUAUUGGCAUGUUUCAUUAUUGAAGCUGUUAUAUCAAAGUAUUUGUGAACAGUUUGAAAAUUAUUAUUUUGGUUUUGAUGGGAGCAGAUGCAUUGCUUAUUAGUGUUUGUGAAGUUAUUUCAAUAAUAUGUGUACAUUGCUAUUGGCAUUUUUAAUUAUUAAACCUUCUAUAAUCAUAUUGUUUGUGACAGAGUGCUAUUGUCUAAUUUUUAAGACGUCUUUGUGAACCUAUUUUAAUAAAAUGUGCAAAUUUAGUAA